AUGCCUAAGAAUAAGGGAAAAGGAGGCAAGAAUCGACGUCGUGGAAAGAACGAAAACGACAACGAGAAGCGUGAACUUACCUUUAAAGAAGAAGGUCAAGAAUAUGCACAGGUCCUGAAGAUGCUUGGAAACGGUCGCUUGGAAGCUCUUUGCUUUGAUGGUUCGAAACGGCUUGCGCAUAUUCGAGGAAAACUCCGAAAGAAGGUCUGGAUCAACCAGGGUGAUAUCAUUCUCCUCUCUCUGCGCGACUACCAGGAUGAAAAGGGAGAUGUCAUCCUCAAGUACUCUGCCGACGAGGCGCGAUCGCUCAAAGCCUACGGCGAACUGCCAGAGAGCGCGAAGAUCAACGAGACAGACACUUAUGGCCAGGAAGGCGAUGGAGACUGCAACUUCGAGUUCGACGAGGACAGAAGUGAGAGUGAUGACGACGAUGGAAAGGGUGGAAAGGAGAUUGAGAUCGAUGACAUUUAA